GUCUGUGGCACACAAAGACAACACAACAGAGCGAGGAAAUCAAUCGCUGAUGAGCGAAGGGAAAUCACAACUAAAAAUAUGGAAAUGAAAAACAAAACAAACGAGAAAGCUUCAUCAUUAAGAUGGAAAAUCCUUCGUCAAGCUCUUCUCUCUAAUCCCUCUUCUUCAAACUCAGACGAGAAAUCUCAAACGAGUAUCAAACGCAUUUCGAGAAGAACAAGUCAUGGAUUCAAUUUGAUACCGUCUCAUGUAAUCGAUGAUGAACGUGGUUCAACUAAUUGCAAUGGUUCUUCUUCCAUUAAAGAUGCUCGAGUUUGUUACACUUUACCAAUCCCUAACGCUCCUCAACUGUUUUUGAGACAAAGAGUUGACAACCAAUCUGACCUCAAUGAUUUUCAGAUAUGUAACACAUACAACAUUGACAACACAGGGCUUGUAUGUAAUUGGCCAUCAGAAGAUGUUCUUGCUCAUUAUUGCUUGUCACAUAGAGAUAUAUUCAGGUCUAAAAAAGUUAUUGAGCUUGGUUCUGGCUACGGCUUGGCUGGAUUUGUUAUUGCAGCUGUUACUGAGGCAUCAGAGGUUGCGAUCUCAGAUGGAAAUCCACAAGUAGUUGAUUAUACUCAGCGUAACAUUGAAGCUAACACUGGAGCAUUUGGGGAUACAGUUGUGAAGUCUAUGAUGCUUCACUGGAAUCAGGAAGAUACUUCUAGUGUUGCAGACACUUUUGAUAUUAUUGUUGCAAGUGAUUGCACUUUCUUUAAGGAUUUCCACAAAGACCUUGUUCGAACUGUCAGGCACUUGUUAUCAAAAACAGAAUCUUCCGAGGCUCUAUUUUUAAGUCCAAAAAGAGGCAACUCAUUGGACCUCUUCUUGGAGGUAGCUAAAGAAAAUGGCCUGCAUUUCAGUGUAACAGAAAACUAUGACAAAGAAGUCUGGAAACGUCAUGAGGGGUUCUUGAAUGGUUCGGAUAGGGACUCUUGGCCCAGUUAUGAGACAGGUCAUUGCUAUCCACUCUUGAUCAAAAUCACCCUUUGAACUUUCUUCUAGCCAUUCUACAUUAGGCCUCCUUUUAUUGUUGGUUGAAGAUAAGUAGAAAUCUUUUCCUCCAACAGAGGAAAUGUCUGGUGCCGUCACUUACCAAAUUGCACGCUUAUGUAAUUUUUUUGUUGGGGUCACAUCUUUCGAUAGACAGUACUAUUCUCAUCCACGAAAGGUCAAAUGAAUGUGAAGCUGAUGCGGCUAUUCACGUCAAAAGUGAAGAUUAAAUAUCUUCACAAAAGUACCUGAGAUUAUUAAAAACCUUUUUUAGCCCACUUGAUCUUUAUAACCUGAAAGAAAGGAGGAAAAAAAGGAAAAGUAAUCUAUAGUUCAUGUGGUAUAAAAUAUUAUUAAUAGUGAUUAAAAUGCUUGCACAAGUGUGCCCUGAUUAUGAUAAAAAAAUAGCAGGUUAGAUGAAUCAUGUAUGGAUUGGUUGUGGUUUUAUUAUUGUGAUUGUAUCUUAGCUUGGAUUAGCUAAUGGUUUCUGCAAUGCAACUUUUGACAGAAAAAAGUUCCCCUUAUCUUCAUUUAAGCAUAAUAGUUACAAGGAUAAAGCUUUUAGAAGAGCCAAAGCAACUCCACCAAUAGGAUGAAGCUGUACUGUGUCAAAAGAUAACAUUUGGUUCAAUUAAACUAGAAAUUUAUGCAAGUGGAAGAUUGAUACUUUUUUCUUGUAUCUAAUAGUAAUAGUAAUGUGAUGUGGUUUGUCUUUGCAGUGAGAUUAGUAUGGACAUGACUUAGCAUUCUUAGCUAUUAAGGAAGCAACUAUUAUUAGUAUUAAUUUUUAUAUAUUGCUUUGUUGAUUGGACUUGUCUCAA